AUGUCUAUUCGUCAGACCAAGCAGUGGCUAGAUAUGGGGAUAUUACCCGGCGAGAUAGCGGUUAAUCUAUCCGCCCAUCAGUUUCGGCAGGAGGAUUUGCUCGAAAGCAUCGACAAGCUAUUGACCGAAACCGGUCUACCACCCGAUUAUAUCGAGCUCGAAAUUACCGAAGGCGCGGUGAUGCAAAAUGUCGAGAGGGUCAUAGAGGUCAUGCACGACUUCAAAAACUAUGGGUUGCACCUGGCAAUAGAUGAUUUUGGCACUGGCUAUUCAUCGCUGAACUACCUCAAGCGUUUCCCAGUCGAUACAUUAAAGAUCGAUAUCAGCUUUAUCCAGGACAUGACCUAUAGUAAACGAGACCACAGCAUGGUCGCUUCGAUCAUUAACCUGGCGCAGAAUUUCGAUUUGCGG